AUGAAGAACUGUUCGGCUUUUGUAGCACCUAUCAUUAAAGGAGACAAAUUCAGUAAUGAUCAAUGUCCCCGUAAUGCAUUAGAACAGGAGCAGAUGAAAAACAUUCCAUAUGCAUCUGCAAUUGGCAGUCUAUUGUAUGCACAAGUUUGCACUAUACUUGACAUUGCGAUGGCAGUUGGAAUGUUGGGUCGAUAUCAAAGUAACCCAGGAAUGGAACAUUGGAAAGCUGCAAAGAAAGUCAUGCCGUAUUUGCAAGGAACAAAGGACUACAGUUUGACAUUCAGACACACUGACCAUUUGGAGGUGGUUGGGUAUUCAGAUUUAGAUUUUGCUGGAUGUGUAGAUAGUAGAAAAUCUACUUCAGGGUAUAUCUUUCUCUUGGCUGGUGGGGCUAUAUCCUGGAGAAGUAACAAGUAA